AUGGAGGUGCCACUCUCUGAGGGAGCAGGCCUCUUCCAGGCCAGGGCACAGUGUGCACCCAGGACCCUGGGCAUAGAGCACAAGGGUCAGGGAGUGCGGCAGGGUGGGGGCAUGGCAAAGAAGAGGGUCCUCAAGGAAUGGGGCCCUGCUCAGGGCCCCCUGGAGUCCUGUCCUGAAGCACAGGAGACCAUAGCAGUCCCGGGCAGGAAGAGUGCGAUGGACAUACGGGCCGAGGACACUGGGGCCCCAGCCCCACCCGAGCAGAAGUCCUGGCUGGUCCGACAUUUCUCACUGCUGCUGCGGAGGGACUCACAAGCCCAGAAGGCUGGUCAGCUCUUGUCAGGGCUCCUGGCCCUCAACGUGGUGUUCCUGGGCGGCGCCUUCAUCUGCAGCAUGAUCUUCAACCAGGUGGCCGUCACGCUGGUGGACGUGUGGUUCUUGCUGGUCACCCUCAAGGCCCUCUCCCUCUUCUGGCUACUCUACUACGUGGCUGGCACCAGCCGGCGGCCACACGCCGUGCUCUACCGGGAUCCUCACGCUGGGCCCAUCUGGGUGAGGGGCUCCGUCGUGCUGUUUGGCAGCUGCACCAUCUGCCUCAAUGUCUUCCGCGUGGGCUACGACGUGAGCCACAUCCACUGCAAGUCCCAGCUCGAGCUCGUCUUCCCCAUCAUUGAGAUCAUCUUCAUCGGCAUCCAGACCUGGGUGCUCUGGAAACACUGUAAGGACUGUGUCCAGGUCCAGACCAACCUCACUAGGUGUGGCCUGAUGCUGACCCUGGCCACAAACCUGCUGCUGUGGGUUUUGGCUGUCACCAACGACUCCAUGCAUCGUGAGAUCAAGGCCGAGCUCAGUGCCUUCAUGGAGAAGUUCGCAGGCAACGAGACCAACACCUGCUUGUGUCUGAACGCCACCGUGUGCGAGGUUUUCCAGAAGGGCUACCUCAUGCUGUACCCCUUCAGCACCGAGUACUGCCUCAUCUGCUGCGCCAUGCUCUUCGUCAUGUGGAAAAACGUGGGCCGCCGCCUGGCCCCCCACCCUGGGCCACACCCCACACCCCCGCCCUUCCGCCUGCACGGGGCCAUCUUUGGGCCCCUGCUGGGCACGCUGGCGCUGGUGGCCGGCGUGUGCGUCUUCGUCCUCUUCCAGAUCGAGGCGAGCGGCCCGGCCAUCGCACGCCAGUACUUCACCUUCUACUACGCCUUCUACGUGGCUGUGCUGCCCGUCAUGAGCCUGGCAUGCCUGGCGGGCACGGCCAUCCACGGGCUGGAGGAGCGGGAGCUAGACACACUCAAGAACCCCACACGCAGCCUGGACGUGGUGCUGCUGAUGGGCGCUGCGCUGGGCCAGGUGGGCAUCGCCUACUUCUCCGUCGUGGCCACCGUGGCCACGGGCUCAUACGAGCUGCUCAACCGUCUCAUCCUGGCCUACUCGCUGCUGCUGAUCCUGCAGCACAUGGCCCAGAACCUCUUCAUCAUCGAGGGCCUGCAUCGGCGCCCGCUCGGAGAGGCGGCCCUGGCGGGCAAGCAGGACGCUGUGCCGUCGCGAAGGGGCUCCCUGCUGGAGCUGGGCCACGGCCUCCGGCGGGCCUCGCUGGCCUACAUCCACUCUUACAGCCACCUCAACUGGAAGCGGCGGGCACUGAAAGAGAUCUCGCUGUUCCUUCUCCUCUGCAAUAUCACGCUGUGGAUGAUGCCGGCAUUUGGCAUGCACCCCGAGUUUGAGAAUGGACUGGAGAAGGACUUCUAUGGCUACCGGGCCUGGUUUACCAUCGUCAACUUUGGCCUGCCUCUGGGUGUCUUCUACCGAAUGCACUCUGUUGGAGGGCUGGUGGAGGUCUACCUGGGGGCCUGA